AUGGCUCAGCUGACGUCGAGCCAAUCACAGGGCGUCAUGCUCAUGCAAAUAUCAGUGACAACUGUCAGACCAAGCACUGUUGCCAACCAUGGCAGACGGUCGGUUCCAAGCCAUGUUCUCGGGCGCCGUGGCAGGGGGAGCUCAGAUCCGGGUCACCACGAGCAACGACACCAAGUUCACUCUGGAAGUCCAUCUGGUGUUCACCAGGGGCGUCACCACCAGCAUAGCUGUCUCCCUGGUGGGUCAGGUCGGUGCCGACACGUCAGACCCCCUCCCAGUCGCAUGCCCCCUCACAACGAAACUCAUGGACCCGUUAUCAUUGCCAAUUCCCAGGGUGUUCACCUGCUCUAG